CAAGCUUUUCCGUUGACGGUGGAUUUAAAUGUUUCAAGAACAAGAAAAGAGACGCGAAGGUUUGUGGUCGUCAGGUCUCGCAAAGAUCCCAGCUAUGUCCUCCUCUAAGGAAGAUGCGUUAUCCCCUGACGAGCUGAGGAAAAGACUCUAUCAGACUUUUAAAAGUAAAGGAGUUCUUGAUACACUCAAGGCACAGCUGCGAAAUCAGCUCAUCCAGGAGUUAAAAUACCCAGCUUUGGCAGGCCAAGAACCAGUUCCCAGGGCAGCACAUGUGAAACAUGAACCCAUAUUAGUUUCAGCCUGUAACAGCAUAGUGGCAGAUCAUCUCCAGAACUCAGGGUAUGAGUACACACUUUCUGUCUUCUAUCCUGAAAGCGGAUUAUCUAAAGACAAGGUUUUUACAAAAGAAGACCUUCUUCAGCUUCUUAAAAUAAGCCCUGAAUCAAACCUUUACAAGUCAUUGUCUUCAAAUAAAGAAAACCAUGAUAGGGGGUUCCUGAUCAGCCUUCUAACACAGCUAACAGAUCAUUAUACUCGGAACCUGUGCCACGAUGCCGACACUCAGACAAGUUUAUCAAGUUAUGGAGAGUCUCUUGUAGAUAAGAUGAAAACAAUAGAUCGGGAAUACGAGGGUUUGGGGUACAAUGGGGACAAAGUGUUUCCAUUACAGUCAAAACUGUCUGCGUAUAGAAAAGACAUUGAAGUGCAGAUGGAAACAGAAAUGAACUUAAAGAUACAACAUUUUAAAGAAGUUGAAAUCGCCAAGGUGAGGAUGGAAGAAAAAUCCAAAUUUCAUAAAGAAUUUGAAAGGCUGAAGCAGGAGCUGGAGAGGACUUAUGAAAUGAAGACAAAGGCCCUGAUGGAGCGAGAGAAAAAUGCUAUUGAUCGGUUGCAAAAACAGCAAGAGAUUGAAGAAAAGAACGUAUACAUUGAGAGACAGUCAGUGCUGAAGGAAAUUGAAACACUACGUAGCAGAGAAAAUGAGCUGAGGAUGAGAAGAGAAGCCUUUGAAAAGACUUGUCAAAUUCAUGAGGAGAAGAUCAAGACAGCUGAAGAGCUGCUGAGGAGGAGAGAACUGGCUGUGAAAACCAUGGAGGACACGUAUGACCAGAGGCUGAAGAAUGAACUUUCCAGGUAUCAGCUUGAACUAAAGGAGGACUACAUCAAGAGAACAGAAAAGCUCACAGAAAGUGAGAACAGAAACAAAGUGGAAACUGUCCGUAUCCAAAAGGAGUCAGCUGCAAUUAAUGCCAAAUUGGAGGACCACAGUAAAACGUGCUCAGAGCUGAAGCGGCUGCAGAUCGAGUUAGACACAGCACAGCAGCAGAUUUCUCUGCUGGCUCAACAGAAGGAGCUGUUAAGGGAAAGAAUGGAGAGCAUGAGUGACUACCCCCGCUUAACAAAAGAGAAAGCAGAGCUGCAGGGGCAGCUGCAGCUGCUAAAGAAACAGCUGGAGGAGGCCCAAGAGGAGAAACGGCUUCUUCAUGCAGAUUUGGGCAAACCAUCCAAAGAGCAACUAUCCUUGCAGUUGGAGCUUCAGAGGCUACAGAGUGCUCGCAGAUUGGAUGCGGAAGAAUUUGACAACCAGAAACAGGUGCUGCAGGCACAGCUCCAGAGUGAGAUGGAGCAGUGUGCCCAGUUCAAAGCUCAGCUGAUAGAGUGUAAAGAGAAAUCCCAGUGGAUGGCUAACCAUGUUGAGGACAUUAAAAUGCAGCUUCACCAAACUCAUCAAGCUCUUGAAAAUGAGGUGCUGCGUAAUCCCAAACCAUCUCUUGUUGAUCGCUCUGUGCUAGAGCUCGGCGCUGACAAGCUGGUUCCUCCUGAUAUCUAUGUGGACAGAACUCUGCUGAGGGCCAGGGUGGGUUAUGAUGUUUGUGAAAUAGAUGGCAAUCUGGGAGGAAGCAAAUCGCCUUGGAGUGAUGUACCAGAUUCUGAUUUGGAGCUGGUAGCUGAAGCUAAGACUCGGAUCAAGGAGCUGCAGAGGGAGGCUGAGACUUUAGAGGAAGCUUACAGGAACUACCAGCAGAGGGCAGUGCGCUCCACCAUCUCACACAUGCUUCCCCCAAGACCUUUUUCCCCACUACAACCACAUCCUUCUCAUUCCCCUGACUCUCCUCUUAGAAAACACGACCCUCUCCGUUCACACAGUCACUUAGCCCACAAACCAAAGAUCUCACACAGACCACUGUCUCCUCAGUCUAACCAAUCCCCCUCCAAUGGCACCAGAAAGACUUUACCAUCUGCAAAAUCAAGAGUUACCUUCUCAGAAGAUCAUAACCAGCCACAGGCCACAUGUUUUGUUGACCACAGUCUCUAUUCACUGACCGAGCCUUUGUUCCUAAAAAAUGGAAACGCUCCAGAUGAAAGCUUGGCUCCAUCCAAGCACCCAUCCCCUACAACACAAUCUUCCUUCAAGAAUAAUCUUCAAAGAGAGCUUACAGAAGGGCCAGUCGUGUCUGCAGUCCUGCUUCCACAGCUGUCGUCGGACAGGCAGCUCUCUCCUGCCCUCCACAAUGAGGUGGUGACCUCAGAGGACUUGUCCUCCGAGCUCAGUCCACCUCGCAGUCCUCAGCUCAGGAGCACAGCACGCGACCAUUCCAGUCCACCAAAGCUACAGCAAGUCUUCUCCAGCUCAGAGUCUUCCCCACAGCCUGAGAAGAUAAGCCUUGAAGAUCUCACUGGAGGAUUAUCAGAGCCCGGCCACAUUCCAGAGCUUCUCCUGGACACUGCUGUCCCUCUCUCUGAGGAGGCCCCUGCUGCCCCCCACCCACAAGACCUCCCAAAAGACCUAAUAGACUCACAGGGCCAAACGGAAGUCCCACAAAGUUUGGUUGAAUCUGAAAAGAAAGAAGAUGAAGAACAAAGGUGGGAAAGAGAGCGGAAAGAAAGAGAAGAAAAAAGACAAAGGGAGCAAGAAGAAGCCAGAGAGAGAGAACUGCAAGAACUUGAGCGACUAGAGAAAGAGAUGCUUUUACAAGAGGUGGAAAAUCCAAAACAGGAAGAAGAAGAAGAAACCGGGGUUAAGAAAGGAAUAGAUGAAGAAAUCAGUGGAGAGAAAUAUGAGUCUAAAAGUGAAAAUCCACUGGACAAAUACAUGAAGAUGGUCUUGGAAGCAAGAGAGAAGCAACAUGCACAGAGCUCUCGAAGAGAAGAGGCAGAAUAUGCAAGCCCAGAGGCCAAGAGUUUGUCUGAGGAUAAAGAAGACAGCAUUGCAGCAUAUUCACACAAGGAUGAAGAUGAUGAUUUUUGGUGAGCUGACCAUCAGUUUGUGGCAUCAUAAUCUGAAGUGUAUAAAAACAGAUAUUUCAAGAAUUUGCUUAUCAGUCCUACAUGUUUUCUUUUUUGUAUGAAAUUCAAAUAAAUGCAUUUUUUUAAAA